AUGUCUUUAAAGGGGUUAAUACUUUUGGCGACAGUCGCUUGUGCACAUAGCCGUGUGCUCACAUACUUCCGACCGACAAAACACGUGGACUUGCAACCAUCGGGCACUAUUCUACAUGCAGAGCCUCAUCUAGGAUUCGAACAUCACCACAUAUCCGAAGAUGAACCCGUCGACUACUAUGCCUACCCGAAAUACGAAUUCAAAUACGGAGUCAACGAUUUUCACACAGGUGACAUUAAGACCCACUACGAAACUCGAGACGGAGACGUUGUCAAAGGUCAAUACACAGUGGUCGAGCCCGACGGUUCGAUUCGCACCGUGGACUACACCGCCGACAAAUACAACGGAUUCAAUGCGAUCGUACACAAGACCGCUCCCAUAUCACCUCACGAGGCUGCUCAUUUACAUCAUUAG